AUGUCCCAAAACCGAGACUCCUCGUCCGAAGACUCAUCCAGCUCUUCUCUAGCCCCAUCACCGCAGCCAGUCAGCUCCAAGGCCACCCCUUCCCGGAGUGGCAACCAAAUCGAGCCCCAGGCUCCAACCCGCGGGCGCGGUACGACGCGAGCAGCCACUCGCCUACCAAGACGCCUAGGCCUACCUUCGCCACCUCCGGCGAGAACCGCGGCCGUCUCCCCCGCGUCCUCCUACCGCUCGGCCAGGCCUACGAUUCCGCCAAUAGAUAAAUGGACGGUGUCGAGUCUGAGGCAGGCCCUGUCCAAAAAUGACGUCAUACCUUCAAGCAAGUUGAAUAAAUCCGAACUUUACGACCUGUACGCAAACUCUCUAAAUAAUAACAUUUCUCCUCAGUCAACCCCAAUUCCAAAGAAAGGAAAAAAGAAAGGAAUACCCCAAAAUACGCCUCAAAGCACUCCACCAUCCUCCGCCGCAAGGCCUAGCUCCCAGCGGCUAUCAAGCCGCGGUAAAAGGCCCUCAACAAGCCUGGGCCGCGCUCCGAUCCCGACCGCCGGGGUACCCGCUACGUCGGCUGGAGCCCAGCCUCCCACCGCGGCUUCAAUCUCAACAGCACAAGGCGCUGAGGCUCAAGGAGGCUCCUGGCCGCCUCCUCCACCCAUCUCAGCCCCAUCGUACGGAACUUUUAAUACCGUUCCCGGAGCCCGGGCAAGCGCUUGGCCGAACAGUUCGCCAUAUACAGCGCCGCCCCUCGCUUCUUCCAGCUUCGGGCCCGAGGCUCAAGCUAGCGCUUGGUCGAACUGGCUGUCUCACAAUGCCCCGCCUCCCGCUCCUCCGAGCUCCGAGCCCGCCGCUCAAGCUAACGUUUGGCCGAUCUGGCCGCCUAACACAGCCCCGACUCUCGCCCAUCCCAGCUUCGGGCCCGCGGCCCAAGCAAACGCCUGGCCAUGCUGGCCGCCCAACACGGCCCCGCAACCCGCGUCUUUCAACUCCGGGCCCGCGGCUCAAGCAAGCGCUUGGCCGCAAUCGCUGUCAAACACAGCCCCGCCCCCAACCGUCGCCACCACCCUCCUCCAAGCGAAAUCCCCCCACUCACUCUUCUCGGCUACACCGAUGCCCGUCCCAUCAAACGCUGUCGCCCUCGAACCUCCCCAAGUGACUCACAGCAUCCGAGCACAGAUAUUAGCAGGUGCGGAGGUAGACCUCUCGUCUCUCCUUUCUCUCCUGCCCACUACAGAUUCAAACCGCCAAAUCGAUUGCGGGGAUUUCUCAGUCACGCUAAAAAACCCAAAUCCCCUUUCAUCUCGAUUACUCUCCUUCUCCGAAUUCACCAUUGCAUUUAACCGCCUCACCGAGAUAAUCUGCUCAGCCUUCCCCCACAGGCGACGCGAACUCAACGACUAUUUAUCGAUAAUAGCCGAACUCGCGUUGUCCUACGGAGGGGGGCACUUCUACACUUACCACAAGCUUUUUUCCGCUAAAUGCGCUAUCCGCAUCGCUCAGUGGAACCAAUGCCCUUAUUGGGGAGCAAUCGACUCCGACCUGCACAGCCGCUUAAUAACUACUAAUCCCACUAACUUUAUAUUGACAGAUUUUCCUAAACUAACUCUGACUGUGAAGCCACAGAGUUCAGUGUUCACCGGAGACUCCAUUACUCUGAGAUGUGAGGGGAUUCAGUCACAGUAUGGAUGGGAGUUUCUCUGGAGAAAAGACUCAAACACUGAAACUAUUGAAGCUGCAACUAAACCAAUCAAUCAUGUGAAAGUCUCUGAUGGAGGAGAGUACAGCUGCAGAGCACGAAGAAGAGAAUAUUACACAGAUUACAGUGUGGCAGUAAUGGUGAAAAUAUACGGAAGACCAAAACCCACAGUGAAAAUUAAACCUGCUCAACAUGUAUUCAGAGGAGAUAAAGUCACUCUCAGAUGUGACAUAUUUGGUGGAGUCACUAGCUGGCGCUACUACUGGUAUAAAGAAGGUUUAAACAGUGUUUUCAGUGGUCAACAGGAACACACAUUCAGGUCUGUUACUGAGUCUGACGCAGGUAAAUACUCCUGUGAUGGAUAUAUUGGAUCAGGCGGCUCUCACCCCAGUGAUACAGUUACACUGACAGUAUCAGAUCCAGUGGCAGUUUUAAGUGUUUCUCCACAGAAGUGGUUGACUGAAGGAGAUCCAGUGACUCUGAUCUGUCAGGUUCACGGCUUCUCUUCAGGCUGGACGUUCAGCUGGUUCACUUUAACCAUCUCAGCAGAGAACAGCCAUCAUUAUCAUCUACUCUCGGACAGCAGAGGAGUAGGAGGAAACUACACAGUCAGUUCUGCUGCUCUAAAUCACACAGGAGUUUAUGUGUGCAGAGCAGAGAGAGAGAAAUCAGUCUAUAAAACACAGUACAGCAACACACAACUGCUAUGGGUCAUUGGUGUUUCUCCUCCAGUCUCUCUGAUCAUCAGUCCCAACAGAACUCAACACUUCACAUAUGCCUCUCUCUCUCUGAGCUGUGAGGAAAAGAGUAACUCUACUGGAUGGAGAGUGAGAAGAUACACAGACAGUGGACGGCUGGAAGAUUGUUCAUUACGUCGAGGAUCUACAUGUACAAUCAGCUCCACCAAUGCAUCGGACACUGGAGUGUACUGGUGUGAGUCUGAAUCUGGAGAGAAACAUCAUCCUGUUAAUAUCACUGUACACUCUGGUGUGAUUCUGGAGAGUCCUGUUCACCCUUUGACUGAAGGAGAUAAUCUGAUUUUACGCUGUUUAUAUCAACAUAAAACCCCAUCAUACCUCAGAGCUGAUUUCUAUAAAGAUGGAUCACUCAUCCAGAAUCAAACUACAGAGAUGAGCAUCACUACUGUCUCAAAGUCACAUCAGGGUUUCUACUACUGCACACACCCGAGAGGAGAGUCACCCAAGAGCUGGAUCUCAGUCAGAGCACUAAUCUAAAUGUAAAAAUAUAUCUCAACUUCCACAGACUCGAGAUCUGAUGGUCUCAAUCCCAUGAUAAUUGGAGUAACUGCCGGACUGACUGUUGCAGUUUUGAUCAUUGUCUUCUUGGUCCUGCUGUGGUGCCACAGAAACAACAAAGAUGGUGUAAGUGGGCCUCCUGAACACAUCUAUGAUGGGAUUGAACUGAUAUCUGUAAUAAAGCAGAAGAAAAAGAAAGAAGACAAAGACAGUCUAAGUGGGCCUCCUGAACACAUCUAUGCUAACAUUGAACUGACACCUGUAACAAAGCAGAAGAAAAAGAAAGAAGACAAAGAUGGUGUAAGUGGGCCUCCUGAACACAUCUAUGCUAACAUUGAACUGAUACCUGUAACAAAGCAGAAGAAAAAGAAAGAAGACGAAGACAGUGUAAGUGGGCCUCCUGAACACAUCUAUUCUGAGAUUGAACUGAUAUCUGUAACAAAGCAGAACAAAAAGAAAGAAGACAAAGGUAAUCUCAAUCAAUAG